AUGCCACCUCAUCCCAACAUCAUGAAACCAGCGCAAAUAUUGGUUACAGUAUCAAAGUCCAGCGACGACAAGCCAGUUGUUUGUGGCACUUUGUAUCCAUUUCUUCAAAAUGGAACACUCGCUUCGUACAUACAAAUGAAUGUAGAAUCAAGUCAGCGCAUACCACUACCACAGAAGGCUCAAUGGUGCUAUGAGAUGGCCUCGGCUAUUGCUCAUACACAUUUGGUUGCACAUACCUACCACAUGGAUAUCAAGCCAGGCAAUUUUCUACUCGACGACAAUAACAAUCUUGUACUCAUUGAUUAGGAGCAGAACGAUGCCCCCGUCACAACCGCAGCACCAGAGAUUGAUGGUACUUGGGAUGUAGAACAAACAGGGGAGGGUGAAAAUGCGACGCUUCAGUACAGGAAGUAUUCUGGUCCGGAACGACGUCACAUGCCAUUGACAACACCGGGCGACAAAGGCUGGAAUACCUGGAACGUGUUCUUGGAGUGGAGCAAGAACUGUCCUAAAGCUUUAGAGCUAGCUGAAGUUUUUAGCUUGGGACGUUCAAUGUGGAUGCUGCUAGAGCAAACUGAUAUGGAUAUUUUUGAUGAUGGGGAAAGCACGGAAGAAGUGGUGGUGGAUUGGAAAUCUCCUGGUGAUAUUCCGGAAAGUUGGAAGGGAAUUGUACGAAGGUGUUUGGAGAUUCAGCCAAAUGACAGAAUCGGUAUUACGGAACUCGUUACUUUUUGGGAUUGCGAAAGACACAAACUCAGAAGCGGGCAAGUCUUUGAAGUGCAGGAGAAAUUGCUUGAUUGA